CCAAUGGGCGCCCCGAUUCAUGAUGACAUAGUGGGAUUCCGCGAAAUUGUUUCUUGGGAGUGUGAGGACAGACAAGUACUGCCCGCUCCCAGGGAAAGAGGACAAGUUGGCACAUAUGUGAAGACAGAAACGGAUCCAAACGCUUAGCCGCUAAACGUGUUGUCCUUAUUGUCGAAGCCGGUAGCAAGAGGAAGGAGACGGCGAUCUAAACAGGCGCCUCUUUCCUGCUGAGGUGUUUUUUUCUCAAUUAGUCCGCCCUGCUGUCUUUGCGGGACAGUCACAUUGAAGACGACACGUGUGUGGACAAUUGAGCACAUGUCUCCUGGCAGCACCUCACUCGGAUCCACUACUCUUUUAUAAUACUUUCCAACACAUACAUUCUCCUCGCGUUUGUUCAUCAAGCUGCGACUAUGUCGGAGGUCUCUGCAGACCUUGUCCCCACACGACCACCUCCACCGGACGCACUCAAAGAGAACCAGGAGAGCAGAACUUUGCUAAUGGUGGCGAUGAUUUUGUUGGACUUGAACAAAAGCAGCCCUGACUCUGUGAGCGCGGCGACUGAAACGUCAGAGAAGACCGAGAGGGGCGGUCGCCGGUCGGCCACCGCGGAGGGAGAGGGCGCGGUGGCACCUAAACAGUACCGGAACAGAAGGAGGGCGGAAGAGUCCACUGAGAAGAGACACUGCUGCCCUUUUAGCGGCUGUGGGAAAAUGUACGGCAAAUCAUCCCACCUCAAAGCCCACCUCAGGGUGCAUACGGGUGAACGCCCGUUCGAGUGCACCUGGCCGGCGUGCGACAAGAAGUUCUCCCGAUCAGACGAGCUGACCCGCCACUACCGCACACACACGGGCGAGAAGCGUUUCACGUGUCCCAUGUGCGACAAGUGCUUCAUGAGGAGUGACCACCUGACUAAACACGCCCGUCGCCAUGCAGGCUUCCAUCCCAGCAUGCUUCAGGGCUCCAACGUGGCCAAGAGACGCCGCUGCUCUAUCUCCGUGUCGUCGUCAGACUCCGGAGACCAAAGCCCUCCGGGUGUGUGAGACACACCCCCACCCUGUAUAUAGCAAUAGAUGCAUAUGCAGUUGAUGCAGAGGCAAACACACACAUGGACAUGCACACUUGUGUGCUGCACACAGCCCGCUAUCACAGAGUUUACAUUGUGCAAGGCUCUGUGUAGAGCUUCCAUUCUUUACCAUGUGACAGGUAUUUAUUCAAUAUUGUUCAGUGUCCAUCAAGCAGGUUGACUUUUAUAAUUUCUAAUUAGUUUGUGUUGUAUUUUUAAUUAAUAUGCCAUGUUUUCAAGGUGUGUAGUGUCAGUAACGCUAUGUUAGCAGGUAAACGUAAGUCAGCACCACUAUAUGACCGAGAUAUGAAUAUUAUACACACAACUUGUACAGUUAAGAUAAGGAAUAUGUAUAGUAUAUUAGAGCAGUAUUAUUAUGUACAUAAAAAUAACAUUUGUUCGUUAUUAAAGUGAAAGGAAAAGAACUACAGAGUUAGGAUUCACAAAUGCUUAAACAAUGCAUCAAAAUACCUUGAAUAUACUUUUUAAAUAAAUACUACAAUACACAAGCAAACCUCAUGCCAGAUGAUAGUUCUAAUGCCAUUGUAGGAUAAGCAAAAAGGUUUUCUUUGCUUGACCUAAAUGUAAAACAAAAAUGUACACAGGGAGGUCUGUGCCUUCUCACCCCUCUUCUCACCACUACCUGAAUGAAUAAUUUUAUUAUUAUAUUAUUAACACUGAUAUUCAGCAAUAAAAAGUGAAUAUCAGUGGCUGUCUCAGACCAACAGUGCCAGCCAGCUACUGUACUCUUGUCUCUCAUUGUCCACUUUUCAUUUGUCAGGGAUGUUUCGUUCAUUUGCACCUCCUAGUGGUGAUGUGGAAGCACAACACCUGAUUGUGUGGCCGAGGAGCCUUGCUUCCUUCGUUCAUCAGUCAAUUCCAUCUUGUAGCAUAUUUUUACGUGUUUGUUUGAUACACUGUGUUUUUGUCUGGUUAUCUUUUGUAUAAUUAAGACGGUUAAUAUAGUCCACUACACAAGCCAGAAAUCUUGUUGAGUUUACUUAAUUAAGCCACUCAAUGCAUUCAGAUGGUCCAAAAAACAGAAGAUAAGCUUUUAGGACAUACAUGAAAGGGAGGUUUGCAUUAUUUUUUUAAUCUUACAUUAUGAGAACUGUGAUAAAAUAUUGGUGCCUUUCAGGUUGAAACCCGUGUGAUGCUCCUGUACUGUAAUGAAGGUCUGCACUGUCGACCUUAUAUUACUGCAUAAGACAUAGCAUUGUAAUAAUUAAUGCUCAAACAUUUCAACAUUAAAAUGAUUGUUCUUCAUAA